CAGAGAAAAUAGAAAAGGAAAGGAAAUCAAAUCUUGUAAUCACAGCAUUGCAUUGCAGUUCCCCAAUUCUUCCAUUCCCUCCCUCCUCCUCCGUCUUCUCGAUCUAUCCGCCCUUCUUGUGGUGGCCCAACAUACAUGAAGUAGAUUCUGCGCAUCUCGAUCUCGCUGCCUUUGUCGUCUCCGAACAGCUUUUGCGGAUCACUCUUCCUAUAUAGCCAUUGUCCCAAGAUGAGCACCGGCGAGCUCCUUGGCAUCGAACCUCUAGAACUCAAGUUCCCCUUUGAACUGAAGAAGCAGAUCUCAUGCUCCAUUCAAUUGUCAAAUAAGACCGACGACCAUGUGGCCUUCAAGGUCAAAACAACCAACCCAAAGAAAUAUUGCGUUCGUCCAAACACUGGGAUCGUCUUGCCGCGAUCUACGUGUGACGUUAUAGUUACCAUGCAAGCGCAAAAAGAAGCUCCACCUGAUAUGCAAUGCAAGGAUAAAUUUCUUCUUCAAAGUGUGAAAACAAAUGAUGGUACCAAUCCAAAGGAUAUCAAUGCAGAAAUGUUCAAUAAGGAGGCUGGGCAUGUGGUCGAGGAGUGCAAAUUAAGAGUGGUGUAUGUUUCUCCACCUCAGCCACCAUCUCCAGUUCCCGAAGGUUCUGAGGAAGGAUCAUCACCCAGGGCUUCUGUUUCAGAAAAUGGAAAUGUCAAUAGUGCUGACUUUCCCACAGUAACAAAAGCAUUUACUGACCGACCAGAGGUACAAGAAAAAUCUGGAGAGGCAAAAGCUCUAAUCUCAAGGCUGACAGAGGAGAAGAAUAAUGCAGUUCAAGUAAAUAACAAGCUUGCCCAGGAACUGGAGCUGCUGAAGCGUGAAGCCAACAAAAGUGGCGGUGGAGUUCCUAUAAUGUUUGUCAUCUUAAUUGGUUUGCUCGGCAUAAUUUUGGGUUAUCUUAUGAAGAAGACCUAAGCGUUCCUGGUGUUCAAUCUUUCAUCAUACAUUUUCAUCUCGAUUCGGUAUUGCUCCUGGCUAGUCAAGAAAUGAUGACAAAAGGGAAAUAGAUUAAUUCAGCAAUUGGUGUUUUUACCCUUUUUUUUUUUUUUGGUGCCCGAUGGAUAACAUUUUGGAAUAGAAAACCUGAGGUAAAGUUAUGAAUCUGUAGUUGCGCAAGGAUUUAAUGUGAACCGACUCAUGCUUUACAUAACAUGCAUUCUUUUUGUGAGUUAA